AUGGAAGAAUCGGCUACUAAUACAAGGGAAGAAUCGGUUAUUAAUACAAGGGAAGAAUUGGCUACUAAUACAAUGAAAGAAUCGACUACUAAUACAAUGGAAGAAUCGGUUAUUAAUACAAGGGAAGAAUCGGUUAUUAAUACUAGGGAAGAAUCGGUUAUUGAUAAGAAGAAAAAAUUAGUUGUUAAUGAAGAGAAAAAAUCAGGUAAUUUUAGAAGGAGAAAAGCAGCUUAUAGUAAAAAGAAAAAUCCUGAUUCCGACAAAAAGAAAGUCUUAGAAGCAAGUAAUCCUUUUUCUGAAGAUGAUACUAAUAGCCCUCAACAAAAAGAGAAGGAAAAAUUCUAUUAUUCCCAGAAGAUGAGUAUAAGAACUUUAAUUGCUUACUUGAAAAAAUCGAUGCGCUUAUCACUUCAAAAGCCACGGUUUUGCAAAAUUGUCUGCAAAUGCAAAUUAAAUCAUGCGAUGCCUUUCAAAACACAGAUUUGA